AUGGAACGAUAUCAGUUGAUAUUUUUUAUUUUUAUUUUAUACUAUACUGGAAUAUUUAAGUGUAGUGUUUCUUGUGCUAAAUCUGAUGAACUACAAACACUUAUUUCAACAAAGUCCAACCAUCCUGAUGUACACAAUGAUUACCAAGAUUCGAAUUACAAAAUACAUUUUCGUAAAGAAUUAAAAGAAGAUAAUUUUAAUAUUAAUUUUAAAGGUCUGACUGAACAAUAUCGAACGUCACGUGGUGUAGCAGGAUCUAGACGACACCUUCGUGUUGGUGAUGCUCAUCAAGUUGCAAAUUAUUUUCUUACUGGAGGACCUUUAAAAGGUCAUGCUCAUUUCAGAAGAGAAACAAAUUGUGAUUCAAACAAUGAUGAAAACAAUGUAGUUGGAAUGAAUAAUCCAGUUAGUGAGGACAAUACAUAUCCAUCUGAGAAUGAACAGAAUUCAAUGACAAAUUUGUCUGAUUCCAUUGUUGGAGCUUCACAUAUUCCUGCAUUAUAUUCACCAUUUGGAGCUGCUCCUCUAGUUCAAGCACCAAAUUUAUACACUCCCCUUAUUAACAGUGUUUUACAUCCAGCUUUAAAUACAUUGAACACAAUGCCACAUUUACCACUUGGAAAUGAUUUAAUAAGUUCUGUGUUACAUCCUAAUUUACACCCACACAUUCAGGCCUUACAUGAUAUUCCUAGAGCUCUUUUAAAAACAGCUACUUUACCAAUACAUAGCUUAAUAAAUGCACGGUCCGAGCUUCGUAAUAUGUUACGCCCACAAGGUUCACUUCUUGGAAACACCAACAGAGCAUUACAACGUACUAAACUAAAAAAGAAUAGUAAGAAUAAAUUAAUGCCUACAAAUGAGCAAUAUUCACCUAUUUCAGGAUCACCCCUCACAAAUUACAAUAACAAUGUGCGUAGUAUUUUAUUGUAA